CUAUACGGUUUUCUUUUCAUUUAUUGACAUCCAAACACUGCCUUCACAAAUAAUUUUCAGAGAUUGUGAGAAUACCUUGAUCGAACUGGAUUCCAGCUUGUUUGGUUCACCCUGAGCCUAAUUCACUUAUAUCCAUAUUGGCGACUCAUUCGUAAUUGUAGAGGCCGUUGUGACUCAGCGUGAGAGUGACUCCUAGCAGCGUCAGGACGAUGGAAUUGGGGAAGAGCCUCUGAUUACUAGCCGUUAUUGGAAGGUUGAGUGCAAGGGGAAGGAACUGUGUAUGGGAAGCACAUCAGCUGCGGCACAGGAUUGUGGGUGAGGAAGGGAGUUCACAUAGAGUGGUUUCACCGAUUGUGGGUCUUCAGUUAUUGUAGCUGAUGCUCAAGCCGGGUCCUGUGAUUGUGCUUUAAGUUCAUGAUGCAAAUGUAUGGAUCGACUCCUCUGCAGAAGCAGCAGCAUCAGAGCAUGGAACCGGUGUAUGUCCCUCAUUGGGUGCUGUUCCAAUAUGCAACAACUCAAGGCCGUUCAUGCCCUCUUCGUCGUCCAUGGUCUCCACCACAACAACUACGCUCUCAGCAAGCUUAUUUCCUUCUGUGCCCUCUCCGACUCUGGGAGUCUCACGUAUGCCUCUCUUCUCUUCUACCAAACUCCAAAUCCCAACGCAUUCAUCUACAAUACCCUCAUAAGAGCCUACUCUCGCAGUUCUCAACCACAACGUUCUUUCCAUUACUUCCAUCUAAUGUUGCUAGAUGACAGCGUUUCUCCAAGUCAUCACACCUACCCUUUUGUGCUUGCCGCUUCUGUGAAAAUUUCUUGUGUCCUUGCAGGUAAGCAAGUCCACAGCUGGGUCUUCAAAGACGGUUUGGCUUCUUCCGACGGUCACAUCCAGACUGCCCUUGUACGUUUUUAUGCUGAGAAUGGCUUCUUAAUUGACGCACGAAAAGUAUUUGAUGAAAUUCCCAAUAGAGAUGUUAUCCAAUGGAAUGUUCUUAUGAACGGGUAUCUUCGUUUUGGUUUUGCCUCCGAGGGUCUGGAUGUCUUCCGUAGUAUGCUGCUCUCUGGAAUCCUGCCCGAUGAAUUCUGUGUGGCUACUGCACUCACGGCUUGUGCUCAAUCUGGGGCUCUUCAACAAGGGAUUUGGAUCCAUGAGUACAUUAAGAAGACGAAAGGGUUCGCUAUGGAUUUUUUCGUGGGAACAGCGCUUGUCGACAUGUACGCCAAGUGUGGAUGCAUUGACAAGGCCGUAGAAGCAUUCGAGGAGAUGCCUAAAAGAAAUGUCUUCUCCUGGGCUGCGAUGAUUGGUGGGUUUGCAUUGCAUGGAUUUGCGAGAGAAGCACUUCAUUGCUUGCAAAGAAUGCAGGAGGUAGAUGGGCUUAGGCCAGAUGGGGUGGUGCUUCUUGGGGUUCUAACGGCUUGCACCCACGCAGGGCUUAUAGAGGAAGGCCGGCUCCUCUUAGAUAGCAUGGAGGCCGUGUAUGGUGUUGCACCAAAACAUGAGCAUUAUAGUUGCACAGUAGACUUGCUUUGCAGGGCAGGCCGGUUAGAUGAGGCACUUGAGCUCAUAAAAAGAAUGCCAAUGAAGCCACUUGCUUCUGUCUGGGGCUCAUUGCUGAGUAAUUGUAAGAGCCAUGGAAACGUUGAGCUUGCUGAGCUUGCAGUUGAAGAGCUUUUAGCCAAUAAGGAAGAUGAUGGGGCUUAUGUUCAGCUGUCAAACAUCUAUCUGGGAGCACGGAGACCCAACGAUGCACGUAGGAUUCGAAUGAUGAUAGGAGACAAAGGGAUCAAGAAAACACCUGGGUCUUCUGUGAUAGAGGUGAAUGGGGUGGUGAAUGAGUUUGUUGCAGGGGAUGUGGGGCAUUACCUUCGACAUGAGAUACAUGAAAUGCUGAAUUUGUUGUCAUCCCAUGUCAUUCAUCAACAAUUAUAGAAUGAAUUAAUAUAAUUAUCAUGGGAAGUGAUAUGCUUGUUGGAACACUGAGCAGCGAAAGAGUUUCAGUACUGAUUUGAUCAUACCAUGGUGGUUUCAAGCUGCCAUUUGCUCUCAAUAUUGGAAGAAACAUGUGUUGAUGAAGAUUACAUUUCUAUUUCUAUUAA